AUGGUCGACUUGUACGCCAGGGCCUUCUACAAUCGAUCGUUAAUUGACGAUAAUGAUGAUAGAUUUGUAUGUAACUGCACAAACUCGGGAACAUUCGGCAAAUAUUGUGAGUAUAAAUUGACACACGAGGCAAAAUUCUUCAGCGAGGCAAUCAACGCUCAGUUUGAACAAAAGGAAAACGGCGAUGAAUGGAAUACUCAACGCUACGGAAAGAUUCUCUGCUAUGAGACACUAUCUUGUCUUUCGAGUCCUCUCUGUCUGGAUUGGCGUGAAAUUUGCGACAGUUUUCAGCGGUGUUCGAAUGGUACCGAUGAAGAAAAUUGUGACAAAUUAGAGUUCAAUGAAUGUGAGUAUGAUGAAUUCCGAUGCACAAAUGGCAUGUGCAUUGCGGAGGAAUUUUGGCUUGAUGGUGACAACGAUUGUAUGGAUUGGAGCGAUGAAUAUUUUUCCGAUGGUGGAGACUCGUGCCAAUUUCAUCCGAACGCAAUAGAAUGUGACGAACAUACAUGUAGUAGGAUGUGGUACUCAUGCGGUGACGGACAAUGUGUUCAAUGGAGCAGUCGAAUGGAUUUUAAUCGAUUUGAAUCAGCGAAAAAUGACUGUUUCACCAAGCGCAAUCGGAACUAUAUGUGUGAAGCGAGUUCAAACCCACCUGCUUGGACACUCGAGAGUGGACUAUGUUGGCCAGAUAAAGACUACGAUGAUCCUAGAUAUCCUCCAUGGAAUCUGAUUAUUGCGUCAAACCUAACCAACAAAGAAAAAUGCCAGUAUCUAUUUCGAUGUGCUUUGUCGAAAGGUUUGGAGCAUGAUUGUCCAUGCAAUCAUUCGAAUUGCACACCAAUGAUGAUGAGUGUGUGUUCAUCACAGAACUACCUCAUUCUCUAUCCACCAGCAGGAUUAAUCAAUCCAAAUGUUUUGAUCUACUACAACUACAGUCAGUUUAUGGAAAAUCCAAGUUUUCAGAUUUUCUUACUUUCUGGCGGCAUAAAAUGUCGAGGGUAUUUUUUUCAGACCAAAUACUCAUUCGAGGAGCCGUUCUAUGUUGCCCUAAUUUCAUAUCCAUUGAUUCAUCACAAGCUUUGUCACUUUUCUGAUCCUAUUUAUGGGAAUCGAGAUUUUUUGUCACCAAUUCAAAAUGACAAGUUCUGUUGGAAUGACUCACUAACAUUCAAUGGUCGCCCAUAUGCUGUUAAUCUUGAAAUAUGUCCUUAUGCCGGUGAAUGCAUAUCACAAUAUCGAAUUCAUGAUGGCACAUUCGACUGCCUUGAUGCAAGCGAUGAAAUUAUGAUCCUUGACAAGAAUUAUUGCACGGGAAAUGCAGGACGACAUCGUUUUCAGUGUUUUGAUGAUGAUUACGCAUGUCUGCCACUGAGCCACUUGGGUAGAGACGUUCCUAGUUGUUCGAACAGCUAUGAUAAAAAUUGGCAUGGCACUGGUGGUCUUCUUCGAAUACAGCUUUUAUGUUCGAAAACACGAACCACUCAUUGCCACCAUUUGAAAGCAUACAUUCAGCAAUCAUCUGCAAAGAAUUCAAGCAACAACGCUUCCCUCGUCAGUACUCAACGACAAGAAUCAAAGAAACUCAUCGCUUUUCGAUCGUAUUGUGAUACUUUUUGGAAUUUGGACAAUCACAUUGACGAAUUGUCUUCUUCGUGCCAACAUUGGGUAUGCGAGCAUGAUCGAUAUCGAUGUCGAACAGGACAGUGUAUUUUACUCGAUUGGGUAUGCGAUGGUGAAUGGGACUGUGCAGACGCAAGCGAUGAAGAAGCCAUCGUUCUUAAUCAACCAUGGACGAUUCACAACGCUCAUCUCACAAAUUUACCUUCUCAGCUUGAAAAAUGUCGAGAACGAUACUCCAAACCACCAUUUUGGAAAAUCUGCAAUACAUCUUUUGAAUUCGGUUGUUAUCUAUCUCGAGUAUCAAACCCAUUGGAUAUUCAGUCAAAUACUCCAUGUAUCAAUCUUACUCAGAUUGGCGAUGGUGUGGAAGAUUGCUACAAUGCCCACGACGAAAAGAAUACAUUCACAGCGAAAACCGAUAAUACAAAUAUGUGGGGCUUCCAUUUUCGUUGCGGAAGUGAACAUAGGAGCUACGUAGAAUUUUGCUCAACGUUAAAUUGCACUGAGAUUCUUUGCUCAAAGUAUCGGGAUAAAGACGGAUCAUGCUCCAAUAAGAAAGAUGCCAUUUGUCACGGAGACGAUCGAUGCAAGAAGAAUGCACGAUGUGAUGGAAUAGUAGAUUGUGAGGAUGGAGAAGAUGAGUAUUGGUGUCCGUCUGGUUCUCUCAACGAUCAAAGAAGCUAUCGCUUUGGCAAAAGACAAAUCCUAGAUAAUCACAUUGAUAAUAUCUAUCUGAUAACGUACCCACCGGAGAGUAUGGUAGAUGUCAAUCAACAGCAGGUGCCAAAAUCAAGUAUUAACCUUCAAAAUGACUCCUUUUUCAAAGUACAUUCGUAUCAAUGUAAUCGAGGUAUUGCUGUUCUUCAAAUGAAUGAAACUCGAUGUCUGUGUCCACCCGCUUAUUAUGGUCGUUGGUGUGAAUUCUUUAGCGAUCGAAUCAGUAUUAUUGCACACCUCGAUCAGAACACCUUGCUGACGACAAUGUCGAAAGUGACCCUCAAAAUCAAAGCGAAUUUUCUUUUCAAUAAUAGAAUAAUCGAUCAUCAUGAAUUCACUAUUAUUCCAACAUUCGAAAGAGUCAAAAUAAUCAAGCAUAAAUUUUAUCUUGUGUAUUCUCGUUCUGCACAGAUGCUUGUACACAAGCAACGGCGCUAUUUCAAUCGAACUGAUGUGAUCAAUAAUCAUCCAUAUUCUGUUCAUUUUGAUGUUUUCUCCCUUGAAAAUGAAAACAGUAUCAAAGAAAUUGGCUCUUGGCACUACCCAAUUUAUUUCGAUUAUCUACCAGCAUUCCGUCUGGCGAUCGUAUUGAGAUUUCCAUCUUGGUUGGAAAAUACCACACAUGAUGCUUGUUGGCAAAACAGAUGCAAUGAGAAUUCCACUUGCAUGCCAGUUUUCAAUCAAAACAACUCUUACUAUUGUUCUUGCAAAAGUGGUUAUUAUGGGACGAAUUGUAGCAUGUACGAGUAUCGUUGUGGAACUUACUGUUCAGUCAAAGCAUUCUGUCGACCAGAUCAUUAUGAUCUACAGGUCAAAAGAAACAAUCCUUACUGCAUAUGUGCACUUGGCCACUUUGGACCACAUUGCAAUUUUAAAUACGACUAUUGCGAUUCGAGUCCAUGUUUGAACAAUGGAACUUGUCUUCCUAAUUAUGAUCGAAGUGGCGAACAAGCCUACAUGUGCAACUGCUCACAGCAAUUCUAUGGAAAUCAAUGUGAAAAUGAGAUGGCAUUUGUUCGCGUUAUUUUGAAUAUAACAAGGGCAGUAUCUGCUCGUGCGACCAUUGUACAACUUUACAGCGGUGAUGCUUCUGAUUUGCCACUUUCUAUCCAACAUCAGAAGGCCUAUUAUGGCUUGCCAUCGAUGAUUAACUACUACCAUUCUAGUGUUUAUGCACCCGAAUUCGGAUUUCUCAAAAUCUAUGAAGAUUUAUCAGAUCCGCAAUAUUUCAUCAUCUAUUGUCAGGUUCAACGAAUGAUCAACAUCACCUCAUCUCCACAGAAUUGUCCGCACGCCUUGUCACUGUUGUCCGAAAUGCGACGAAUCGAUGAGUCCGUUCCAGCGAUUUUUAAAUAUCAUAAUAUCUGUCGAAACGACACUCAACAUAUCUGUUUUUAUGACGAAAACUAUAUAUGUAUUUGCCAACCAGAUCAUUAUGGUGCCAAUUGUUUUAUACACGAUACUCAACUUGACCAUUGUGACAAGUGUCUCUCUGGAGGAAAAUGUCUUCAAGGUGAUCCAAAAGAUUUAAACGACUUCAUUUGCCUUUGUCCUUCUUGUCAUCAAGGACAUCGAUUUGCUCGUAGUCGAGCAAAAACGGUUGGACAAAGAGUAACAUUUAGUGAAGUGUUAAAGAAACAAUUUAAGACUCAGAAGGAACUCUAUGUCACACCAACGAUUGCUGUUAUUUCUGUUCUGCCUCAAAUCAUUCUUACAUUUAGUUUUGCAUGUACACCACUUAGUGAUUGGCAACGUCAUACAUUACUUGCUACUUAUCUACUUUCAUAUGCCCCACAAGUUCUCGGCUUUAUUCUCCAUGUUCUGCCAUCAACUAAUUAUAAGAAAGAAUUUAAUGAAACAUUUAUUGCCAAGAAAGUAACUAUGACAACAAAACUCUCGUCAAAUUACUCUAGAAGCCUGCGAAGCACAAAAUCUUCUUCAAAAGAAAUUAAUGAUGUUCAUGAACAUAUUGAAAAUUCAUCAACGAAAAAAGGAAAACGAUUAUGCAAAUCCACUACCCAGAAAACUCAAUCGAAGAAAAAUAACAUCAGAAAAAGAAAAUAUCAUCGGUCAAAAGCAAGCAAUGGCUCUGUAAAACAGCGAAAACAACGUGUUUAUACAGGAUUGAAUGGGAAAUAUUGGACUUCACAGGAGAAAAGCACAACUACAGACAUUUAUAACCCUGUUGCUGGUCAAAGCGAAAUUAUUGGUGUGCAUUCGUAUGAUAAACAUGGAAAUCCUGUCGGAACACAUUAUGACCUGGGUCGAGACGGUGCUUUUAAUCGAUAUUGCGUCUUAAUUGGACAGUUUUACUCUGAUAGUGCAUUUUCGGAUGUGGCCAUGCAGAAACCGAUUGAUGCUUUAAUGGUUAAAGGUUUUCAAGUGAAACAUGUGAAAUCUGAAACAGAAUUUUUAUCUGAAUUAAGCACAAAUCUUUAUCGGAUAGUAUGGGUUAUCAGUUCAUCUUCUAUUCAAGACCCGACAUUCGAUGUAGCUUUAAUAAAGUUUCAUGCAUCAGGCGGAGCAAUUUUUUUGUUCGCAGACAAUGUACCAUAUAUAACUCAUGCGUCCAACUUUCUCAAUAAAAGGUUUGGCAUCACUCUAACGGGUUGUUACGGUGCACAACUAACGCUCACAUACAAAGAAAAAGGAUAUUUAGAAACUGGACAUUUUGGUCAGCAUGAUAUAUUUACUGGAAUAACAAAUCUAUAUGAAGGACACACUAUUUGUCAACCUGUUUAUUCAACCACUGCCAGUUGUUCUGCACUUACCGUUUUGGCGACAUCGACCGAUGGCAAUCCUAAUAUUGCUGUAUUUGACCCACCAGCAACAUCAACUGAAGGACGUUUAUCCUUCGAUUCUGGUUUCACAAAAUUAUAUAUAAAUUGGGAUGACGCCGGUACAGCACGAUACAUCGUAAACACUACAUGUUGGCUCGCCGGGAUCGGUGGACAAGCAGCGAUGUCUCAUCUGUGA